UGUCAGUGGAUACAUUCCUACACAGUGCAUUACUUUUGACCAGAGGGCCCUAAUGUAGUUAUCUCUUGUAUUCCAUAUCUAUCUGUGUUUGUAUCAGUGUGUACGUCAACCAGUCCUCCAUCAGGCUUGUGAGUGUCAGAGAGAUAGUGUGGGUGUUUUCUUUUCUCUCUGGUGACAGCGAGUUCAGGCAGGGUGUGUGACGGAGGAGAAUAUAUGAGAAGAGUUCCCAAAGCAACAGUCACUCAGAACACAGAGAAGAUCACCCAGGAAACACAGAGGCACUGCAGCUUUAAAGACAUAAAAACAACAACACAGAGAUACGUUGCAUUGCGAAAGAGAAGAGAAGGAGAGACAAAAGAAAGAGAAGAGAAGGAGAGAAUUAAAAAAAGAAAAGAUGGCGAUCGGAAAGAGUCCCAGAAACGGUUCCGUCAGGUCUCCGAAGUACCUGGACAAGAGUUCUGGGUUCUACGGCCGCCUGGAUGAGCCCGAGAUGGGAGGAGAGGAGGAGGAGAGGGGGAGAGAGGGGGACUGGGGGGGAUCGUGCCCAGACACAGAGCUCUCUACGGGGGGAGAGACGGACCGGGGAGAGCACGGGGUGUUUGACUUUAACCAGGGAAUGAUGGGAGAUGACGACACUACUCUCCUCCGAAGGAAACCCAGCCGGCUCAGCUCCCGCUGGAGAAGAAGCUCCAGGAAGGCCAAACCCCAGGCGAUCUCCCCUAGGCAGGGGGACCAGAUCCUGGGUACGGAGAUGGAGGCCCCUGUCCUGGAGGUCACAGCGAUGGAUGUGAGAAGGAGCCGCUGGGGGAGGAGCACCGGGAAAAAACAGGGGGCCGAGCCCCAGACGGUCUCCCCCAGGGAGGAGGGCCCGAUCCUGGGUACAGAGAUGGAGACGCAGGCCCCUGUCCUGGAGGUCCUGGAGGUGGAAGUGAGGGUAGAGACUGAAGAAGGACAGAGGGAGAAAGAGAGGAGAACAGAAGAGGAGAGGACGCUAGUCCACUUUGCGAGCCGAGAAGAAGCGGAUGACCAGGUUCUGAUAAAGGACGAGAAUAGAGGGAGGGAAGAAGAGAAGGAGGAGAUGAAGGGACAGGAGGGGAUGAAGGUGAUGAGGAAGAGGAGCACACUGAAGAACUACCGCAAGACUUUCGACCGAGCGUUCCGUCGAGGGUGGGAGACCUUCGUCACUAACCUGUACAGCGUGACGCUCACACCUGACUCAUCAUCAUCAUCAUCAUCACCAUCAAGGGAAAUGCACCAUUCCUCAGCAUUAGCAGAAUACAGAUAGGGUUCACAAACCUGUUCAUCUAAUCUGUAAACUGCAAUUGUUCCAAUCAGGUUAUGUAACACCCAUAUUGUGAUUUGAGAUUGAGGCUGUCUUGGACAGAGUGUUCCGUUUGUGUUCGCAACUCAACGCAAAUGACCUGUGUUCACCUCAAUGUAUGGUUCAAUUGAUUAAUCAAUCAGUGAUAUUGAUCUAGUACAUACUGGUUUAUCAAUGAUCAAUAUGAAAAGCACCUGAUGAACACCAGGAAGUACACACCGUUUAACUCAUUCUGAUUCUGAAUUCCAAAUAGCACACUAUUGUACUAGUGCACUAAAUAGGGAAUGGGUUUAAUACUUCCUCACAGGGUGAGGUUCAACCUCUCUGGAGGACCGUCUGUAUGAUGGUUUCAGUGUUGUGCAACCUGAGGGAUAACUUAUGUUUCACUAUCCAUGUGCCUAUUGAACGUAGCCCAAGAUGAGACCUGAUAACUUAUGUUUCACUAUCCAUGUGCCUAUUGAACGUAGCCCAAGAUGAGACCUGAUAACGUGUUUCACUAUCCAUGUACCUAUUGAACGUAGCCCAAGAUGAGACCUGAUAACGUGUUUCACUAUCCAUGUACCUAUCGAACGUAGCCCAAGAUGAGACCUGAUAACUUAUGUUUCACUAUCCAUGUGCCUAUUGAACGUAGCCCAAGAUGAGACCUGAUAACGUGUUUCACUAUCCAUGUGCCUAUUGAACGUAGCCCAAGAUGAGACCUGAUAACGUGUUUCACUAUCCAUGUACCUAUCGAACGUAGCCCAAGAUGAGACCUGAUAACUUAUGUUUCACUAUCCAUGUACCUAUUGAACGUAGCCCAAGUGUGUUAUGUUUGUUUCAUAAAAGGAGAACGUUUUCAUACCAUGAAAUGAACUAACUAUGGGGGACAUGAGGGUACGAAAUAACGGUCUCAAACUUUGGUCCUCUGGCUUUGUCUAAAAAGGAGGUUGCGCACACAAACACAUUUAAUACAUUAUUUAUUAAUAUUAAUUUAUUUACUAUAUGAUCGCUUUGCACAUUUUUCUGGGUAAUCUCUCUCAAUAAUAUCUUACCAAAGAGUUUAUUUAUUGUUAAUUAUUGGCCUAAAUCACAACAUCCAAUCUCUCUCUUGCAGCAUUGAAGUCAAGCUCAGAAUCCUAUUAGAGCUAUACUGAGCUAGUGGAGGAAAAAAUGUUUCUAUAUUGUGCGUGAAUGACUAAAUUGUUAUGAUAUUUUGUUUAAAAAUCAAUGCUUUGUUUUUCUUGUGCCUUUGUCCUAAAAUAAAAUAUGCUUUACAAUAAGCUAAUUUCUCAAA